CCCUUGUUCCUUUGCAGACGCUCUAGGCACUCAAUAAUACUUUGCACGUUGUCACAUCCGGCAGCAUCAUCUGGUAUGUAAGUUCAAGAGCCGGCUUUCGCCGCGUUGUCAAACAGUCACGAGUCCUAGUACAUUGGCAGCCUAGAUCGCCCGUCAAAUCGUCAUCGAUUGCCUCAGCCUUGCCGGGUGAUCUCUUCUGGAGCAGACAUACCGCGGGCGCAAAGCGAGCAUCUCGUUUUUUCGCUGCCGCGUGUUUUGACUGACGCAUGCUACUCCGCAUAUCGAUUAACGACUAGAAAGCAUAAAACGAGAUCGAUUCCACCAGAGCGGUCUAUAGACGAUACCCACUGGCUGCUGGCAUGGCGAGCCUACGAGACCGACUUCGCGGACUUCGAACAAAGAGUACAAGUGGAAGAUACUUUAUACCAGAUGGCAAAGUGGAGAGCCUAAUGUCAGAAGACAUUAUUCGGGAUGCCGUCUCGAAGCUUAAGAUAGAUCGUAUUAACUUUCCUGAAGUUAGUAUGGUCGUUAACCGGGGCGGAAAGAGAACGUUUGCCAUUUUGGUUAUGCUAAGAGAGGAGGCUGCAAUAUGGGAUCUUGUGAAGCAAGACCAAUAUACAGCUUUAAUUCUCGAUGCGAAACUUCCGUGGUCAUAUGAUAAUCUACACCAGAUUCUAGCGCCGCGAGUCGAAGUCGCUAAAGAAUUUGUGGAGCUUCAAUGGGAAUUCAUCUCGCCGGUGUUCGACAAGCUGAAAGGGCACCGGUUGCUCCAUGCCGACACCAUACUGCCAUAUAUAUCGGAGGUACGAUUGAGUAAGGAAGAGGGUAGUUUCGGUGCUAUAUACAAGACAGAAGUUGAUACACGUCAGCUUCCACGGUGGUCCUCCUCACAGCUAGGAGACAGUGAGGUUGUCGUCACGAUCAUACGUAAACAACUUCCAAGGGAAGACGUGAAAUUCGAAAGCGAACAACGCAUCCUUCAAUAUCUCAACCACAUAUCGCACCCAUAUAUUCUACAGCUCUUUGCAUCGUAUACCCUCCGAAACGAACACACCCUUUUAUUCCCUUUGGCAGAAAUAGACCUCGCGCGCUUUUUGAAACGACCGGAUGAUAGAAGCUCUUUUGAGAGCCCGCAAGCCUAUCUGCAUGCUCUAGCUGGCUUGUCCUCUGCUCUUGAAAUGUUGCAUACAUAUAGCUCUAAUGAGCUACAAGUGGACCUGAUUGGCUGUCAUCAUGACCUAAAACCAAGCAACAUUUUCGUUUCACAGCGUAGAUUUGUACUUGCCGACUUCGGUCUAUCCACACUCAAAUCAUCAGUCGAGCGCUCUAGUGACGACUACAAGUAUGGCGCACACAACUAUAAAGCUCCAGAGUGUGAAGAUCCCGAACGCGGGUUCGAACCUGGUAGAGUCACUCGUGCCAGCGAUAUAUGGUCUUUUGGGUGCAUCUUGGCGGAGAUUGCGACCUACAUUGCGAAUGGUCCGACAGGCGUAGAACAAUUUUUUCAAGCCCGUGAGCUCCGUAUGGGAGGGUCGCAGAUAUGCCGUCGCUUCUAUUCCUCGCAGGAGAUGGAUCAUCCUCAAGUCCUUAAGUGGCUGAAGUCAUUGGCCGCGACGACAGUGUCUGGAACCAAGCUGAACCAACUUACUGACUUGGUAAAACAUAUGCUUUCCAUCAGUGCUGCUCAUCGACCCAAAGCGCACGAGGUGACACUGCGAUUACGAGAGAUGGCUCUUAUCGCCAUGGCAAACUCUAUUGAGCAAGCAUAUAUGUCGCUGUUAACCCGGCGCCCCGAUCCUCGGCUGGCAAUCGACUAUCAACGGAUUCUUCUUUGGGGCUGGGCGAUGGGCUUCCUACAACUCAACGGAUCGAAAAAUGAAUUCUUCAAGGAGUACUUUAGCGAUUUCAGGCUGUUUGAAAACAGUCUCCGAACAAUGUCACAACUGAAGGAUGAAUUGAAUCUCUCUGAUGGAGGACAGCGCGUGCAUGCACCAUACAUAGCUUUGCAAAUAAGACGAGUCACGGACGAACUUUUCGAAAAUAUCCCACAAAAGCUACGCCCUUCAGUUCAAAAUCUUUUGGAACUUAGGAUUUUGACAACAGAAGGCACGGAUUCCUUUGCGCAGUCCAGCGAAACCUUGUUGGAUCCACCUAGAUACCUAAACAUUGGCGCGUUAACUGCCCUCAAGCGAAUGUCCAGCUUAGUGACCGAUGCAUCUAAUGUGGUCAGUACGGACUUGGUCAUUAAUAUCGAAGCGCUCAGGCGAAUCCGAGAUAUUGGGAUUCACGAAAUAGCGGAGUAUGCUCCACCAGGCGCGCACACUCCUGUGCCUGUCCUUGUCGAAUACAAAAGAAUUAGCUCUAGCUGGACAGAGAAGCGUGGCUCUGAACUGUUAGGGCGAGUACAGCGACUGGCGGGCAUGCUUCACGAUGGUUUGGUAUCGCAAACGCUGCGUGUCCUUCGAUGCGUUGGCUACAGAUGCGAAGUAAGGCGUCUUGCUUUUAGCCUUGCUUUCGAAUUUCCGGAGCGCGAGCGAGAUCGUCCUGAAAUACAUAAGCCAUUUUCUCUCAAUGAAUAUCUUAUAGAAACAAGAAGUCAGGAUAAAUAUCUAGAGCGACCGUCUCUCAAUGACCGAUUUCAACUUGCCGCACUGUUGGCUGAAACAGUCCUGGGUACCCACAAGGUCGGCUGGCUACACAGAUCCAUCAUGUCUUCCAAUGUCCUCUUUUUUCAGUCUUCCACAGGACCAAAAGCAGAAGCCAUAAUGAAUCCGUACCUCAUUGGCUUCUCUCACAGUCGUCCCGAUGAUCCACGGGAGUUCACUGAAACCCCGAACGAGGAUUUCGAGGAGGUAAUCUAUCGACAUCCUGACUAUGCGUCCGGGAAAGAGGGUUUCAGACUUUCCUAUGAUGAUUAUAGCCUGGGCCUUGUGUUGCUCAAAAUUGGACUCUGGAGGGGGCUAAAGGACAUAGUCAAGAAAGUCGAAGACCGUGCGCCUGAAGAUAUGCACAAAUGGAUCUUGGCUGAGAAGGUUCCCCAGCUAUUUAUAUCAAUGGGCGCUGCUUAUGAGGGCGUUGUCAAAAAAUGUUUGAAUGGCAUCAUGGGCCCUAUGGCAAUUGAGAAAAAUCUGUCCAUUCGCUAUGCGUCGGCUUUUGAGGAUAGAAUCCUGAAGCCACUUGGCGAGUGUGCCCUGGCCACUAGGUUUGUACCUUCCGGAUUGACAUGA